GCAAAGGGAUCUUUGAUGAAACCAGUGCUGAGGAUUCCAGAGGGAGUUAGUACCCAAACAUGCGUGGUUCAGCCGUGCCUGUCUUGUAGUUCAGUGGCGGUAUGAGUCAGAGUCUCUUUGGUCUGAAUGAAGUGGAAGGUACUUUCUACAAAGCAACUCAAGCAUAUGCCAAGGAUCCGGAUAAAUAAAACUAAUUCAGAAAAAGGGAGUGGGAUGCAGGCUCUUGCUCUAAAUCACUUCACAGUUCACCACAGCAAAAUGCAAUAUGGCAUCUUAAAUAAAAUCACCCUCUUCUGACUCUCGCAGAGGCUGCUUCAGAGCAUUCCCUGGUUUCCAGAACAGUUUUAUUUCCUCCCUUAGAGAGAGAGACCAGCCUUGACUGAGCAACCGAUUUUCAUGCAUCCUUUAAACCAGCAUUCACUGCCUUUUCUGAAGGACAGCACACGUCGCUAGCUGUGUUUCUUCCCCCUUAAACAAUAUAGGUUCGGGGUUGGGUUUUUUUUUUUUUUCUUUUUCCCCUCCCCAUCUCAUUUCUUUCCGCCUGCAAAGUGAUUUGAGAGCCCCACGACGCAGCCUGCUACUGGAGCGGGGACUUCUCUGGAACACUGGCGUGCGCAGGGAUUAAUCCCACCGUAGAGAGCCAGCCUGGCCUUUGAAGUGUUACAAGGGGAAGGAGGAGGAUCCUUGAGCUGUUGCAGAGGCAGCCAACUGCUCCAUAUUUGGCUUCUAUUACCCAUUUACAUGCUGGAGAGCGGAGAGGGAGCGAGCGCUGUACCGCAGACAUCAUUUCUACUACAGUGGUGGAGACAUCCCGGACCUGUGUCACUGCAGGGGGAAGAAAAAAAGCCAAACAAACAAAAAGCAGACCCAAGCCCCAUGAUCAGCUAGGAAGACAUUUGUGUGCGAGUCUCUCUCUGACCCCCCCACCCCCGCCAACCCCACCUCCACUGACACUUUACAUCACAUUGCAGGCCAAGCCAGAUGGGCAAGCAAUACAAGCUGUGAAUUUAUUCUUGACCCCGUAGGACAGUGACCACCGUCAUUUUUUUCUUCACCGUACAGUUAUGCACUGCCAAUAAGUGAAAAGGUCAAGAAAAGCAGUAGCUCAGUGGCUGAAUUUUUCUGAAGUGCUUUACAGCAGGGAAAGUGGGGAAACCUCUUAAAGUGGUGUCUUAUUCAAUCCUGGAGCGCAGGGAAAGAGUUUUAAUGCAGAAUACCAGAAAAAAACGUCUGCAACAUCUCCUGUGAGAGGGGGGACAAAAGGAGAGUAACAAUUGCAUCUUGAAACACUCUUGAUUUGAGCUCUACCUUACUUUAUUUGAAAGAGGAAAGCCAGUGAUCAAUCCAGCAGCUUCUGAAAAAUCUUCAUGCUAACGGAUAAUCCAGAAUUCCCUGAAGAAGAACAAAGUGAAUGUUAAUCCAGAGGAGCUGCCGGAGGAUCGUGCUCACAGGGAGAUGAUUCCUCAUGAAGUCACUGGAUCCCCUGCAGAAAUCAAAUGUGACUUUCCGUUUAUCAGACUGAAAUCAGAGCCAGCCAGACAGUGAAGCAAGCACAGUGGAGGGGGGACGGCGAAAGAUGAAAUCCAACCAAGAGCGGAGCAAUGAAUGCCUGCCACCUAAGAAGCGAGAAAUCCCUGCCACCAGCCUGCCUUCGGAGGUGAAGCCGGUCCUGCCAAAUGAGAACCACCGUGCAGAUAACCUGGCAUGGCUCCCCAGCACACCCAGUGGCCAGGGCUGCCUGGGGGGCCGGCACCGGCCUGGGGGCACCUCCUCGGUGGAGGCAGGCUUGCAGCAGGGUUUGCACAAGUCACUGUCUGCAGGGAUGGACUAUUCCCCGCCGAGUGCGCCCAGGUCCGUUCCAGCUUCUACCACUCUUCCCACGGUGUACUCGCCUGCCCUCUCCCAGUCAGGGACCCCUGUUUCCCCCGUGCAGUACACUCACCUGCAGCACACCUUCCAGUUUGUCGGGCCCCAGUACAGUGGAUCGUACACCGGAUUCAUCCCCUCACAGCUGAUUUCCCCAACAGCCAAUUCUGCGACCGGCGCCGUGGCGGCGGCCACAGCCGUUGCAACCACUCCAUCCCAGCGCUCCCAGCUGGAGGCUUAUUCCACUUUGCUGGCUAGCAUGAGCGGCUUGAGCCAGCAGGGGCACAAAGUUGAGCCGCAUCUGGUCAGGACGCCUGGACUGAUCGCUGCUGGGUCCCCUCCACCCACACAGCAGAACCAGUACGUCCACAUUUCCAGCUCUUCCCAGAGCACUGUCAGAAAUGUCUCUCCUCCAACCAUCCCAGUCCCCCUGCACCCACAUCAGACAGUGAUCCCGCACACCCUCACCCUUGGCCCUUCCUCCCAAGUGGUGGUGCAGUACACUGACUCGGGGGGCCACUUUGUCACCAGGGAUCCCCCCAAGAAACCCGAGAGCAGCCGGCUGCAGGCGAUGCAGGCCAAGGAGGUACUGAAUGGCGAGAUAGAGAAGAGCCGGAGGUAUGGCAUUUCGCCUUCUGCCGACAUGGGUCUAGUCAAAGCAGGCAAUAAACCAGCUCCCCAUCAUUAUGAGACCAGGCAUGUGGUGGUCCACUCGAGCCCCGCCGAGUAUGGUGUGCGGGAUUCCUCAGGUGUCCGAGCCUCUGUCAUGGUGGUCCCCAACAGCAGCACGCCCACGGCAGACAUGGAGGUGCAGCAGGCCACCAACCGUGAGACCUCUCCUUCAGCCCUCAACGACAAGGGAAGUUUGCACUUAGGAAAGCCAGCCCACCGGUCCUACGCCUUGUCUCCGCAGCAGGCUCUGGGCCAUGAGGGGGUGAAGGCAGUGGCCACGCUGUCCCCUCACACCGUCAUUCAGACCACCCACAGCGCCUCCGAGCAACUCCCUGUGGGGCUGCCGGCGACAGCUUUCUACACCGGGACCCAGCCACCGGUGAUCGGCUACCUGAGCGGCCAGCAGCAAGCCAUCGGCUACCCCAGCAGCCUGCCGCAGCACCUGGUGAUCCCGGGCACCCAGUCCCUGCUGAUACCAGUCGGCAGCGCGGACGUCGAGCCGUCGGGAGUCACGCCUGCGAUCGUCACGUCGUCUCCUCAGUUUGCAGCAGUGCCUCACACGUUCGUCACCACCGCUGUCCCCAAGAGCGAGAACUUCAGUGCAGAGCCCCUCACCACCCAGCCUGCCUACCAGGCCACCAUGGUGCAGGCGCAGAUCCACCUGCCCGUGGUGCAGUCCAUUGCCUCCCCUGCCGCCGCGCCCCCCACGCUGCCCCCUUACUUCAUGAAGGGGUCGAUCAUCCAGCUGGCUAACGGGGAGCUGAAGAAAGUAGAGGACUUGAAAACAGAAGACUUCAUACAGAGUGCGGAAAUUAGCAACGACCUGAAAAUAGACUCCAGCACUGUGGAGAGGAUCGAAGACAGCCAUAGCCCAGGCAUCGCCGUCAUACAGUUUGCGGUGGGGGAGCAUCGAGCACAGGUCAGCGUGGAAGUCUUGGUAGAAUAUCCUUUUUUUGUAUUUGGACAAGGCUGGUCAUCCUGCUGCCCUGAAAGAACCAACCAGCUCUUUGAUUUGCCAUGCUCCAAACUCUCAGUGGGGGACGUCUGCAUAUCACUCACACUCAAGAACCUGAAGAACGGCUCUAUUAAAAAGGGCCAGCCCAUGGACUCAGCUAGUAUCUUGCUGAAGCAUUCAAAGAAUGACAGUCUAGCUGGAAGUAGACACAGGUAUGCGGAGCAGGAAAAUGGGAUUAAUCAGGGAAGCGCACAGAUGUUAGCUGAGAACGGUGAACUGAAGUUUCCGGACAAAAUAGGAUUGCCUGCAGCACCUUUGCUCACCAAAACAGAACCCAGCAAGCCCCCAGCAACAAGGAAGAGGAGGUGGUCAGCCCCCGAAACACGAAAACUAGAGAAAUCAGAAGAGGAGCCACCUUUGACUCUUCCCAAGCCUUCUUUUAUUCCUCAGGAGGUUAAGAUUUGCAUUGAAGGUCGAUCCAACGUAGGAAAGUAAAAGCUGUUUGGGGAAAGGAAAUUAGGCUAUCCCUUGUCAUUUUUAUCCAGAUUACUGUACUGUAGACUAAAUAACCCAGUAUUUACAUGUUAUCAUCUUAUUUUAGGUUUAUGUUAUAACCUUGUUGUUAUAGUUGCAGCUGGUAUUAUGCAGGAGACUGGUGCAUAUGUUUUUCCACAAGUGUUUGUCAGUGACUAGGUUUAUCGAGAGUUACAGAAGGGGCAGUAUCUGCUUCACACACCCUUAGUGGAAAUGAAUGUGUUGUCAUGGCUCCUGUUUUCUAACACCUCGUGUAGGACAGGGUCCAGCUGUGAUUUUGUUUCCUUUUUGUCACUGUUUUUUUUUUUUUUUUUGGUGUUUGUUUUGUUGUUCUGGUUCCUGUUCUAGUUUUCUUGGGGGGAGGUGAGGAGAAGGGAACUGUAGCAGAGGUGUGUGUCAAACGUGGGGUGUGUGUGUGUGUGUGUGUGGAUGCGUGCCAGGCCCCAGGACGGGACGGCCAUGCUCUGGCGGGUUGGUAAAUGAGGUUUCCUCACCCCAGGUGGAUGCUGAGGACCCAUUCCUUGGGUGUGUUACUGAAAAGGAUCAGACAGUCUCUGAUGUUUUCAACAACAAGCCAACUCUUACUCAAGGCUCUGCUAUAUAUAUAUAUAUAUAUGUAUGUAUGUAUGUAUAUAUAUAUAUAUAUAUAUAUAUAUAUAUAUAAUUUGUGUGUGUGUAUAUGUAUAUAUAUUUUUUUCCCCCAUGGGGUCUGACUGCACUGAUUUUUAUUCCUAAAGCAAACUGCCACACCACAUUUCCUUUCUGCUUGCUAGUGCAGUUCCAUUGCCCGGAGUCAGCGACGGCGAGGCUGUACGGACCCUCGCGCUGGUCGCCCUGCAGGGUUUCCCUUGAGGGCGGGGGGGAGGGUGUGUGCAUGUGGCGUGGGUGUGUGUGGGUGUGCAAGGAAGCCUCUGGUUCUGCAGAUGUGCCUGGCUCAGGCUCACUCCUGUUUCUGUGCAGUGUUAGACAAAUCAACCGGGUUAUGCCAUUGACAUUUGCUUCCACAAGGUAGACGCAGACUGCCCCUUUGAGAUCACAGGCAUCCAUUGUUUGCAGUUAGGUUGCAAAUCUUUGUCUUUAACUCUAGUACUGGUUUUAGUUCAUGGUUAUGGACAACUGGUGCCACUUUUUUCAAAUUGCGGUGUGUGACACAGGAAUCCGCUGUUGAAGAUGAACCUAGAAUGUCUUUAAGCACUUAAAAUGCUGUUCACACUUUAUUGCUGAGCAUCCUGGUCUAACACUCAGUACGUACUGUAUAUCACUUUAACCUGCUUGGAAAGCAACAACAACAAACAAACAAAUCUCUUCAACACUGUAACUACAUGCAACUAUGUAAAGUUUUCUCACAGGCAAGAUGCUGAAAGUUUUAAUGUGGUUUCAAAGGGAUGAAUGUGAAUUAUUGAACUAGUAUGUGACAGUCAUUGUCCACAAAGGACUACUUAAUAGGAGGCACUUUUUAAACUUUAAUGCUUGAGAAAGAGUUAAAGGCAUAUGCGAGCUGACAUAAUAAAAAAAAAUAAGAGAAAGGAGAAAGGAAAGAGGAAAAAUCAUUGUCCAGUGUUUUUGAAAAAGAUGGACUUUAAAGAAUCUUGCAAUUUGCACAUCUUGAGUUUAUCAUUUGUGUGGUAUUCCUGCAGUUUUUACCUAAUAAUGUUGUGGGGUGGGGGGGUCUGAAAGAGCAUAAACAAAUGUAGCAAUUACUCACUAACCUGCCUACGCUCUAGGCCAUUUCAUAGGGUUACGUUCCUUUCAGAGUUCAUUUUCGGUCUUUCUACCUUAUCGGCCACACAGAACCAGGUCCUACCAGGACACCUCUGAGAAUUUUUCUUCAGACUUGCUGAGAGAGUUUUCCAGAAAAAAAAACAUUUCUAUAAGUAAGCAAGGUGUUUGUUUGUUUUGAAAACAAACCUAUUGUUAUUUUAUUUUUAUUAUUAUUAUUAUUUGUUAUUUUAAUUGCAUUGUUUUCCAUUGGAAAGGCGACAUUUCAGGAGUUUGGUACAAACCAAGUAGAAGUGGGGGAUUCAUGCGUUCAGUCUUUUCUUUCCCCAGGUAGGGCCGGAUCCUCAGAGGUGCUGUGCACCCAACCUCCUGCACAAGCCUCGGGGAGGUGCCGGUGGGAUUUCAGUGGGAUUGCACUCGGGCCCUCUGUGAGCAUGCGUUCGUGUCGUCAUUUUUGGUUGGCGAGUUCACAUCCUUCAGGUAGUUUUGAAGAAGCUGUACUCAUAGGGAGAACAGGAAAUCAAAGUCUGUCAUUAGAAACACAGUAACCUAAAGUGAACAAAUUUAUUUAAAGUCUUGUUUUCCCUCUCCCCUGAAAUACAGUGCUUUUCUUUGAGAGAAGAAAUGUUAACCCCAAACCCCAUCUUUGACUCUUGUUACUUGUUACUUGAAAUUUAGCUCACACCAGACCUAAUUGUUUUUAUACCAUAUUCUGGGGUGCACCAAAAAGUUGAAAUAUGUUUAAAAUAGCUUGAAACUUUUUUUGAAUUUCCUUGAAUUUUAUUAACCUCUCGGCAGGCUACCAAAUAGCUGAGUGGGUUUCUUCUCACAAUCACACAGCUUAGUUAGUGCUUAUUUGUUAAUAUUUCUGCUCAGAGAAGUUGCUUAAUCUUCCAUAUACUCUGCUCAGGGCACUUGCAAUUUAUUGUUUCAUUUUGUUUCCUGUUUUUGGUUUUUUUUUUUUUAAGCUUUGAUGGUAAAGGAAUAGAAAGAAUUACAGAUUUUAGUUCACAGUCUUACCACUAUUUCUGUACUUCACGUGUACUUAGAAAAAAGGAAAUCUCAAGUAAAACCAUACGCAUACACAUUUGUGGUCAAUAAGGAAGCAGGGGCUAUUAAACUGACUGGAUCUAUUCAACUAACACUAAAAAAAAAAAAAAAAUAAUAAAAUACAUUUGGAGCAAUAGGAAUGUAUUAGUUCUGUGCUUGUAUUUCAGACUGAGGAAUUCUGAAAUAACUGGUUCUUUCCAAACAAUUGUCCCCUUCCGUGCUUUAGCUUUUGUAGGAUGUGCAAUACUUUACGUGCCAACUUAGACUCACCUGUGCGGUGUUAGCUAGAUCUCAUAUCCACUUCUGAUUUCCCCUGAUUAUGUCUCUUGAAUUCUUUCUUUCUGCCUUUCUCUCUGCCCCCCCCCCCCACACCCCAAUCAAUAACUCCCUCCCUGUCCUCCCCCCUCCAAAAACUCACACCAUAUUAAGGGUAGAAGAAUCCCUUGUCCUGGGAAACACGAACCCUUUUUGUAUUUGUUCUUUAAAGAGAUCCAGGAAGAAAAAAAGAAAGGCAAAAAAAGAGAUGUAUUCAUGUCUACAUGGCAUCCAGGCAGAGAGUGACACUCAACCAUAUGGUUGAGUGCCACUUUCCACCUGGACACACGCACACAGGGGCUGGCUCCCACUGGGGCCAAGUCCUUUGCAAGGCAGGGCUUUGCCUUUCCCUCUGGCAUUGAGCAUCCCUUGCAGUGCAGCCCCAGGCCCAGGAGUGCCAUUGAUCCCCAGGGCAGGUGCAAAACACCACGGGGAUGCUGAGGUGAAGCCGAAGGAGGAGGCUCUGCCUCUGCUCUGCAUGGCGGCCGCUUUGCAAUAGUAACUAACAGCAGUUUUCUUUUUGUCUCUUUGUUUCUUUCCUUUUGUAGCAGGCCUCUUUAGUUUACAACAAAAUGAAUACAAUCACCAAGAAAUUAGUCAGGGCAAAGAAAAAUAAAACAAGAACCUCUUUAUAGGGAUUUCUAAAAAAAAAAAACCUAUUUGUCUGUCUGUUGAUCUAUCUAUCUAUCUAUCUAUCUAUCUAUCUAUCUAUCUAUCUAUCUAUAUAAAGUGACUGUUCCUUAUAGCAUCUAACUUAGGCAUUGUUUCAGUUUGUCUGGGCCACGUUGUGGGGAAUUUGAGUUUGAUGUCACUUACCUCGAGUCGUUUGGUCGAGACCCGAAUCGGAGUCACUGUUGACCUAUUUUACCAUUUUGUACCUUGCCCUUAGGCUUGCUUUCCCUCAAAGAUGCAGACCUCGGGAGGAGGGGAGGGACACACGUUCCCUUUUUCAUUCCUUUAAUUCCUUUGUCCCACUGUCGCUUUGUUCCUGUCGUUCCUGUCAUUUUCUCAGCAUGGGGAAGUGACAUCACUACUCUUGUUUCCCUUAAAUCAAGGAACAUUUAGAAACCUUUCACACCUUUUACUCAGGGAUGGGGCUGGUGUAUGUGUGGUACACUGAUGUGACCAGAAGCAGCACUUUUACUGCUCCGGAGUAGGGAUGUACAAUGUUACAGACAAGUUUGGAUUUCCUGCAUCUCAUGGUUUUAAACUUUGUAGAUCUCAUUUAGAUUGCAAUACAAAAGCAGCAGGCUCAGCAUGAACUGUAGCUGUUGGUUUCAUGAAAAUACACUCUCUGCAGAGAUUUAUAUUACUUUAAAGUGUGUUGCCAGUAGUACAAAGGAAAUGGUGGAUUUCUGUUAAUUCUUGCAACUGCCUAAAGAAAAAAAAAAAAAAAGCCUGUGUCGAGGAGACUGAAUUCUCAAUCUUUGUAAACACUAAUAGUGUUGUUUCAGGGUGGCUCUUGGUGCAAUGUUCUGCAUGUCAUGGGACCCAGUUCUGCAAACAUUUAUACGUGUGCCCAUGGGAGGUCUGGGCUGGCCAGCAAAGGCUGCUCAGGGCUUGCUGUAAAGCUCAUGUAUAAAUCUUUGUGAAAUUGAAGUGUGGUUCAAUUAGGGACAGAUCUUGACCCUAAUUGGGCAGCUGGAAAAAUGUCGGGGUUGACCAGGGCAGAAGCCUUGGGCAGGUGGAGGGGAUUUGGCCCAUUGAAGCACUUCUGCUGUCCCAGAAACUUGACAAAUGGCAGAAUGGGAUAUGCACUCGUACAGUUUCCAUUUCUUCCCUCCCCAUCAUCACAGGUAGCAGCAGAGUCCACUGUAGGCUCUGGCCAGUGCUGAUGUGAAAAGCAAGGGAACGUACCACCAGAGUGGAGGCAGUAAUUUCCUUUUCUCUGGUUUUUCCAACCCUCCCACUCUCCCAAAUCUUGUAAUACAUAGCAAAAUGAGAAUUUGUUGAUGCAGAUAUGCAUAUGUGCACACACACCCCUAGGCAGAAGUGUCUGUUUGCACACCAAGAAGUUACGUGUGCAUUUUUUUACGUGUAUGCCUACAUGUCCACUUGAUUCCCUGUCCUGAGGACAGCCUUGCUUUGUGCCCAUAGGGAAAUUCCAAACGCGUUGCACACCUCUACUCCAGAGUUCAAUUUCUUUUACAUAGACGACCUCGCUUCAGAUGUGUUACCUUUACUGAUAGGAUCUUUUCUUGUAGCACUAUACCUUGUGGGAAUAUUUUUUGAUGUAAACCUAAUUUGAGAAGCUUAUUAAAAAUAGAAACUUUUUUUGAAGCACUCACAUUGAGGAGUACAGGUAAUGUUUUAAAAAAUUGCACAAAAGAAAAAUGAAUGUUGGAAUGAUUCAUUCAGUGUUUGAAAAAGAGAUGGCUCUGUUUGAACAGUGAGUUUCAUAACUUGUUUGUAAAAAAAAAAAAAAAGUUUUUAAAUACAAAAGCAGAGAAAGGUUGAAAGUUACAUGUUUUUUGUAUAUAGAAAAUGUCAUGUCUAGAUGAUCUGAUUUGUAUUGGCUCUGGCCAGGAAGAAUUAUUACUUAAAAGACUCUUAAAGAACAACUGUGCUUAAUUUUCUGUUCAUAUUACAUGGGUUCCAUUUCUAGGGAAUGGAUUCACACUUUUUAUUCCUGUGCUGAAAAUAUACCUUGGAGCAGCAAUUCCUGAGUGCAGCUACCGGGCACUUCGAAGGGUGGCUACUGUGCAAAAUGAGAGUUUCACUCUCCAGUUGUAUUUUGGCUUUAAGUCUCUUCCGCCUGCGCUGAGGGAGCCCCUGGCAGCCCAGAGGUCAAGGCUGGUUUUGAGGGAGGCUUUGGCUGUGCCCUGGCAGGCAAGGCUUGGCUGCCCCGACUGUGGGGACCCUGCUGCUGCUGGCAGCCCUCAGGCUGAGCACAGCCUGCGUAGUUUCCACCUGAGGCCUUUUGGUCCCAUUUUUUUCUCUCUCUGGGGAUGCUGUUCCACAUUUUUUCAGCACUUCCUUGUCCAGAUGAAAUCCAAAGAGUACAACCCUGAGCUAGAAGUGCUUGUAACAAGGUAUCCUUGCCCAGCACUAGCAGCAGAAUGGUAUCCAAGGCGGCUCAGCCUUCCAGCCCCUGUCCCAGCUCUCCCAUCGCUGCUGCCAGAGCGCCAGGAACAGUCACACGGUUCCAGUGAUGGUCUUGAGCAAUGGCAAGACUGAUGUUUUUCAAAAGCCAAAAGGAGAGGAUCCUGAAGCAGUUUUUGAAGAGAGGAUCCUUUUCCUGUCCAAAGAUUGAGCUGGGCAGCUGGCAGCUGGAGGCAGGGUGGAGAGGGCAAAGUUUCAGGCUGCUCCCAUCCCCCUCCCCGGAGGUGACCCAAGCUUCGGCUCCCACAGGCACAGGGGGUGGGAAUGCUUGCCCUGUGCAAGUGACCCCCGGGCGCUCAGAAACCAGCCCCAGUUGUGUUACGGUGAAGUGCAUUCAGCCAACAGGUAGUAUUUAUACAAUAACCGUCUCUAAGGUUUCCGUAGGUUUUUUCUUGUUGUUAGCUGAAAGGACGCAAGUCUUCCACUGAGGAUUUUAUGGAGGCUUCAUCCAAGGUUAUUUCUUUUUUGUUAGUUUCUAUUUUGAGCAGUUAAAGCUCCUGAGCCCUUUCCCUUGACCACGCAGUAGGUGUGCAUUGGAAGUGUUGUUUGCAGCGAGUGGAGUCACUUGUUGAAGCUGUCCUUGCUGUACCACAGGAUUGGUGAGGGCAGAAGCUUCAGAGCCCAGAUCCUCAGCCAGGGUGGAGCCAGGGUGGGGCCACUGGCUCUGCCGGCAGUGCGGGUCUGCCCCUUCACACUGCUGGCAAGGGGAUUCCACCCUGGCAUUUGCUUUAAAAGUCCAGGACCCAGGUACUCUCCCGUUGAACAAGCUCUGCAGAUCUUGUUCCAGUCCACCGGGUUUGGAUCUGGGCAGCUGAGGGCAAAAAUGGGCCAGGGGUGGCUGCAGGUGGCUCGGAUAGGCAGGCGCUUCGUGGUUACUAAUCUGGUAAGGCAUAGAUGCAACUCUUCACGACAGUCAGCUAAUGUUGAAACUCACUAAUGUAUGUAUUUGCUCUUUUUUUUUUUUUUUUAAUAAUGUAUUAACUUGUUGAACACUGUUCUUUUCGCAGUGUUACAAAAGUGGGGGUGGGGGAAUUUCCCAACCAUUUUCAGUUUGGGUGAGCUACUGAAAUCCAUUUUGUACUAGCUAUGUCACCACUCCCGGCAGCAGCUGGCAGCGGCGCUUGGCCAAGCCCGGGUCAGGUCCAGCCAUUCAACAUCAGUAGUUUUUAAAGUAAUUUUUUUUUAAUUGUCUAGUAUUACUAAUGAGGGUUGUUGCAAAUCACACUUCCAGUGUCGUUCCUAGUGUAGGCCCAGUAAAAGGGAUAUCACAGCUUUGUGUUGGGGAGAAAUUGAGCUGACAUGGCCAGUACAAAGGAGAAAAUAGGGAGGGAAUAACGUUUUGCACCUUAUUGAAAAGAGGAGAAGAUUUUAAGUGCAUACAGACAUAGUUAAGAGCUUUUAUUGUGACAGGAGAACUUUUUUCCAUAUGCGUGCAUACUCUCUGUAAUUCCAGUGUAAAAUAUUGUACUUGCACUAGCUUUUUUAAAACAAAUAUUAAAAAAUGGAAGAAUUCAUAUUCUAUUUUCUAAUGGUGGUGUGUCUAUUUGUAGGAUACACUCGCGUCUGUUUAUUGAAUUUUAUGGUCCCUUUCUUUGAUGGUGCUUGCAGGUUUUCUAGGUAGAAAUUAUUUCAUUAUUAUAAUAAAACAAUGUUUGAUUCAAAAUUUGAACAAAAUUGUUUUAAAGAAAUUGUCUGUAUACCAGUACAAGUUUAUUGUUUCAGUAUACUCGUACUAAUAAAAUAACAGUGCCAAUUGCAAA